CAAAGACGGGUCGCAAAACGACUGAUGGCAGGCCGGAUAGUUAGUUUGCUCUUCUUCGUUCUUCUGGUAUACUUGGCACGUUUGCUGCAACGUAAUCGCGAGGCGCUGAAGGCCACAUCGUAAUUCCAACUGCGGGAUUAACAAAUUUCUCGUUGGUGAUCUUGGAUAACCGAAGUCACCAAGAUGAUGAAAAUGAAGCAGCAGGGCCUGGUGGCCGACCUCCUGCCCAACAUAAGGGUCAUGAAGACCUUUGGGCACUUCGUAUUCAACUAUUACAACGAUAAUUCGUCCAAGUACUUGCAUAAAGUCUACUGCUGCGUGAAUCUGUUCAUGCUGCUGUUGCAAUUCGGCUUGUGCGCCGUAAAUCUAAUAGUAGAGAGUGCCGACGUCGACGAUCUCACGGCCAACACGAUUACCCUCCUCUUCUUCACGCAUAGUAUCGUCAAGAUCUGUUACUUCGCCAUUAGGAGCAAGUAUUUCUACAGAACGUGGGCGAUAUGGAAUAAUCCGAAUUCCCACCCCCUUUUCGCCGAGAGCAAUGCUCGAUAUCACGCAAUCGCCCUGAAGAAAAUGAGGCUAUUGCUCUUCUUGGUCGGCGGUACCACAAUGCUAGCCGCGGUAGCUUGGACCGUCCUCACCUUCUUCGAGCAUCCGAUAAGGAAGAUCGUAGAUCCGGUCACGAACGAGACGGAAAUUAUCGAGCUGCCGCAAUUGUUGAUUCGUUCAUUUUAUCCGUUCGAUGCCGGCAAGGGAAUAACGCAUGUGCUGGUACUUGUAUAUCAGUUUUACUGGGUGCUCUUUAUGCUCAUUGACGCCAACUCGUUGGACGUGCUCUUCUGCUCGUGGCUGCUCUUCGCUUGUGAACAGCUGCAGCACUUGAAACAGAUCAUGAAACCUCUCAUGGAGCUGAGCGCAACUUUGGAUACUGUAGUUCCGAACAGUAGCGAGCUAUUCAAGGCUGGCAGCGCGGAUCAUCUUCGCGAUGGGGACAACCCUCCACCACCGCCGCCGCCCCAAAGCGACAACAUGCUAGAUCUCGAUCUUCGCAACAUAUACAGCAAUCGGCAGGACUUUACUGCGACUUUCCGGCCGACAGCUGGUAUGACUUUCAACGGAGGCGUAGGACCGAAUGGAUUAACGAAGAAGCAAGAAGCGCUCGUAAGGAGCGCGAUCAAGUAUUGGGUGGAGAGACACAAACAUAUUGUCAGAUUGGUCACCGCGGUCGGAGAUGCGUAUGGCUUCGCACUUUUGCUCCAUAUGUUGACGACGACCAUAACUUUGACGUUGCUCGCCUAUCAAGCGACAAAGGUGAACGGUAUAAACGUCUACGCGGCCUCCACGAUCGGCUACAUACUUUACACGUUCGGCCAGGUCUUUUUGUUCUGCAUAUUUGGAAACCGCUUGAUAGAAGAGAGUACUUCGGUGAUGGAAGCAGCUUAUUCUUGCCACUGGUACGAUGGAUCUGAGGAGGCUAAGACAUUCGUACAAAUCGUGUGUCAGCAAUGUCAGAAAGCUAUGUCUAUAUCAGGGGCGAAGUUCUUUACAGUAUCUCUAGAUCUCUUCGCUUCGGUAUUGGGAGCCGUGGUGACCUACUUCAUGGUGUUGGUGCAACUGAAGUGAACAUUCGACUCUGUGCGUUUCAGGCGCAGUCCCUCGCGUUGCACACGUUGGCUGUGCAAAAUUAUAUUUUUCAAAAUAGCUUUUACGAAGAACCAAAGGUACUCGUAUCGAGGGAAUUCCCCCAAGAAGGUCCUCGCGUCUUUAUCGACGCGUAUCGAAAUAUUAGAAACCGUGGAGGGGAAAAUCAUGAGAAGAUCCCAAUUAAUUUCAGGAAAUGAUGAUGAAGUCUUCUUAAUUUGUUCUUUAUUUUUAAUUUUCACUUUUACUUAAAAUUAUAAGUGACACGAUAUCUACAUUCCGUUUUGAUUAUUUAAAUCAAGAUUUACAAGCAAUGAAGAAUACAAGUUUAUCGUUAAUAUUCGUUAUUGCGAAUUUCGUUGCGCAGCUCUCCGCAUGAUUUUUCUCUCCACAUUUAUAUGCAUAUAGUAACAGUAAAAUUGACGGCAAUAUAAGAAGCACUCGUCGCGAUUCAUUAUCACGCACAUUAAUUUGAGGUAAGUCGGGGAAGAUAUACGCUAAUAUCGAUAAUAUUCGAAGCUUGUUGAAGCGGUUUGUGAUUGUCCAUGUGUCGUGUGAUAAUGCAACACGAGAAUAAUUAACAUAUUAAAUUUAAUUUACGACGUUUCGAAUAAAUAAUAAAUAAUUAAAGAUCCAGAGAUGAAAGCUUAUACGCGUCAUUACGUUAAUCAUUAUAUGUUUUAAAGAUCGAAAUAAAAUAAAUCAGCGAAGUGAACGCAGCAUGUAAAUGUUAACGAAGCGUAUAAAUUAUGUGUAAAUAGGCGAUUAGUUUUUUAGUAGAACGUAAUAUGCUAAACAAGUAAUAUUGUAAUUUUAGCAACGGCACGUUGCGCGUAAUGAGCUUUAUAUCGUUAUUUAUAUCGUUGAUUGAUUUAAGUGCACAUGAUUUUUUUUCAAAAUUACAUUUCUCUGAUUAAAAACUAGAUUGCACGAAAAGGGAUUACGUGCCGUUCCGAUUUUGUCUCGCAAGUUUCCCGCGAAUUUUGCGGGAAUUCAAUUAAUUCUUGAGUGAAUCUUUCGUUCUCUUUCUGUUACUUUUCAAUUUAUCUCUUAAUAAUGACGGAGUCUUGGGUCCCACGCUUUCCAGUUAGAAAAUACGUUUUGAUACUAAGUACGAUUUAUUCAACUCCAUAUUUAUUAUGUCACUCUCUUAACUUUCCGAUAGAGAUAGGCGUACACGUUAGAUCUGCAAAUAUAGAUUUUGCUUCUUAUCACGCACCUGUCCGGAAGGGGGGCAUUAAACAAGGAUUUGUUAAUCAACUUGAACACGUAGCCGUUAACUCUUCCUGGUCAUACCUCCUGAGAAUCACAUAGUGGUCAGAUGGGGUCCAAUUGACCAAUUUAAACGGUUGCCGUGUUUACACUACACUAUUCGUCCAGUUUGAAUGAAAAAAAUUACAGAAUAAAGUUGAAAGCUUGUAUAGCAAGAAGAAAUAAACGUUUAAUGAACAUUUUAAUUUUAACAUAACUUAAAAAAUCGCGAAGUUGACAGUCGUGAAAAAAUGAAUGGUAGAUCGCGGAUCAAGGAUAAUUUUCUACAUAUCUUAAACUUUUCGUUGGGUCUUUUGGACCCCUGGUAACCACGAAGGGUUAAUGGGAUUACGUAGCUGCGAAUGCAUCGUGAGAUAAAUAUUGCAAAAGUCUUAGUUGCCUGGUCAGAAGCUGGAAAACUGUUAGCUGCGCUCGUUUCCUUCACGGCAGAUAAGCAACGGCGACGCGACGUUGAUUUUAUGGUGCGUCAAUUAUUAUAUGGGGGUAUGACAGUUAUCGAACGCUACUUAGAGAGACUUGGAUCUUAAUAGACAGAUAGAGUAAGAUAUAUAUUUUCAUUACACGUAUAACCACGUGGGUGGACCUAAGCGUAUACCUAAUGUACCUCGUUUUUUAUAUUUCGUAAUAUAUCUCAGUGUCUCUAGCGAGAUAAAAUAUUUCGUCACCCAGAAGGAUGUUUGCACCGUGCAUGGCUGCUCAUUCUGACCGUAUAUUUAUGCUAAUAAAUAUGUACCUUUUUAUCGACGCGGAUAUCGUUUUACGAGAGGAUGCUAUGCGAGAUAUUUCUACUUUCUUUGCCGGACGGCCGAGAGAGAAUAACGCGAAACGUCGUAAAGUAAAGAGGCCAUUAACAGAUAUUAUACGGAGGUGUACUGACGAUAUCCGAGCUCGAUCUACUUCGACAUUAAGCCCGUAUCCAUUUGAAGGUAGUGAAGAGAGUAAAGAGAAUAAAGAUAACUUAGAGCGUAACUUUCUUCAGUAACUCUGUUCGGAAUGGUAUGUUCGUUUGCGAAAGAGGGUAUAACUUUCAACAGUGUACUUCUCUCAAAUGGAUACUCGCCAUUACGUGUAUAAUUAACGUAUGUGUACAUUACUAUGAUCAAACUCUGACCGAUAAAGUCACAGUAUUAUCAAAUAGUUUUUCUCUAUAUAUGUAAAUCUGUAUUAUAUUUAUUUAAUAAAAUCUUGAUAUAAACGUUCAUAC